AUGGACGCUGCGGAAGUUACUUCUCAGGACCCGAAGUCUUCUGCCUUCUUGGAACAUCUCUCGAGAGCCAUCAUAGAAGAGUGUGGCAACGCCAAGAACUUCGACUCACCCAUCAUGUCAUUGAUGGCACCAACCUUCUCCGCCGUGCACGACAGUCUCACUACUUUCGAGAAUCGGGCGGAUUUUCUGGUAGGAAUGAAGGCUCAUUUCCACAUGUUCCCGAGAGCCCAUCUAGAAGUCCUGAACACAUCGUCCGACGUUGAUGACGAGGCCGGUAGAGCGGACGUCUUCCUGUUCUUCCGCAUUUCGGGCGUGGGCAGAGGCCUUGAUCUCAAGCGGGAGUGUGUGGCGCUAAUGCAGUGGGAGAGGAGGGAGAACGGGCAGUGGAUGGCGGUAAGGUAUAAGGGAAUGAGAGGGUCGGCUUCGUUCCGAGAUAUAUGA